AUGGAAGGUGGGGAAGGAGAGAAUGGUGGCUGGGAUCGAUUAUGGUCGGCGCAAUCCGAGCGCGUGGCAGAGAUGCAAAGAAUGCUGAAGUCAGCCUGCCGAGAUGCCGCCUCACUGACGGAGCAGGCGGAGGCUCUGAAUGCCACAGCCUGCUCCGAGGAUCCUGGCAACGGUCCUCUCAAUGCUUCAGCACAGCUACCAGCAUCAGCGCAGGCAGCUGUCAGUCCGGCCUGUGCACAGGCCCAGGUCAUUCGGCCCGGUCAAGCAUCGAUCGCACCCAAACAAGCAGCCCAAGCAUGGCCUCAGCAGCCUCUUCCUGCAGAUGAGGGCGCUGGCAGUUAUCCUCCGGAGACAAGCCAGCUGAGUGGGCAAGGAUCGGCUGCCGAUGCCAACAAGGAGGUUGUGCAGCUUUCAGCGGUGCAUCACGAAGAAAUCACCAACGUCUCAAACGAGGGAAAGGUCAAGCCUGAGGAAGACAAGGGCGUGGCCAAAAAUGAGAGAGCUUUGAAAGGUGGCUAUCGGACAGUGCAGGUCGACACUCUCGGCGCCUCACGUCCGGGAAAGGAAGCCCAGCCUAACAAGGAAGGCCAAGAAGGCCGCCCGAAUCAGGAUGCGCAGCCUGAGGUCGACCUUCCCGUGACAGACAAAUUACCCUUUAACAUGUUUGUUCUUGCAACAACGUUUCUGAACAUUCUCGUGAUUGGGUUGGAGCAGGACCUCAAUGAGGACGGCUCCGGCAUCAUUUGGUUCAUCUUGGAAUGUCUGUUUGUGAUCCUCUUCAUCAUCGAGCUCGGCAUUAGAUGGGGCUCCCUCAAGAGGAGAUCGACUUUCUUCCAGGAUGGUUGGAACAUUUGUGACAUCCUUCUUGUGCUGGCUGCCGCCGUGGACUGCUUCGUACUGAGCUUGAUCGGAAUUGGUGGCCAGAUUCGCUUCUUCACCGUGCUUCGUGCGUUGCGCGUCAUCCGCUUUGUUCGACUCGUUCGGAUGUUCUCUGCCUUCCGAGAACUGUGGCUGCUUGUGGGUGGCCUCACCAACUCUGUGAAGGCACUCUCGUGGGUGGGUCUUGUGGUCUUCAUGUUGAUUUAUGUGUGUGGCAUCAUUUGUACUGCGGAGAUUGGCCAAAAUGAUGAAACUUAUGCGAUCGGUCCUUCCUACAACGGCGAGGUGUGGCCUUACAAGCAAUACUUCGGAACCGUGUUCAAGUCUAUGUUCACUCUUCUACAGGUUCUUACUCUGGAUGGCUGGUGCGAUGACAUAGUGCGUCAUGUUGUUUACAGACAGCCCAUCAUGGGCGUUUUCUUCAUCUGCUUCAUUCUGGUGACGUCCUUCGGUCUGAUGAAUGUGGUUGUCGGCAUCAUUGUCGAAAAUACGCUUGCUGCCGCGCAGGUUGUGGACAAGCGCAAGGAAGAGAAGCUUGCAAGACAUCGGAAGGACACAGUCCAGCAGCUGGUUGCCAUCCUGUCAAGGUCAGACUCCAAGAGAAGUGGGCUGAUCUCGCUUGAGGAUUUACGCGCGGCGAAUCAGAGUGUAAUCGUGCAGAAAAAGUUCGAGUCCAUCGGGCUUGACUUUGAGGAGGUGGAGCACGUUUUCACGUUGCUGGACGUGGAUCGUUCUGGUAAGAUCGAGCUAGUGCGCUUCGAAAAUGCUUGUCGAGAGUUGGUGGGAGGAGGCAAGCGCAGAGACAUUGCUCAAGUGGAGGUGAACAUGGGCACAUUAGCAAAUCGCCUGGACAAACUUGACAACAAGUUUACAGUCAUUGAGCGCGAGGUGGCCACAAUUGCAGCGAUGACCGAGGACUUUGUUCACAACACAGCCUCGUCCUUUGCACUUCAGUGCACUUUCGGAAGCCAGUUCGACAUCUCACAGGGCACGACCCGACUCUUGCAAAGCGGCAGCUUCCUCGGACUAAGCGCUUUUGCAAUGCAGCAAGCGCGGUUGUCGUUCAGGGCUAGCUGCCAUGUUGAAAAGUUCGGCUAUCUCCGGCAGCAGGAGCUCAAAAGCCAGCUGUCUCGAGCGGAAUCUCAGCUGCGACGGCUUUCGCCACAUGCGGUGUGCCCUCCCUCAGACAACGUGCCACGGAUCCUGUACAAUGUCCCGUCCCUCACAGCUGAAGCCCUGCUCAGUGGGGCUCGGAAGCUCUUUCGAGAUCCUCACAGUUUCACCUCGAAGCUGUGCGGCAUGGUGGCUUUCUCCUCCGAUGAGGCAAAGAAGCUGGCACCUUUCUUGACGUCUUGCUCGCAGUUUCGACGCGUGCGAGAGAAAGAGGUGAACGAAUGCUAUGAAGCUUUGCAUGGCUGGCUUUCGGCAUUCUACACAUACUCCAGCGUGUCUGAUCAGGUUGUUAUCACCUUGCAGCAGCUGGAGAAGCAAGAGUGGCUCUUGCGUCGGUUGAACAAUCAGGCUUCGGACGUGCUCCUCGUCCCAUCUGUUCCAGCUAGUUCAUGCAGUACCACUACUGGAGGGGCGCCUGCUCCGCAAGUGGCAUCGACUGCUGCUCCAGCAGUGUCUUCACGCAUGUCACAGCCAGUUACAAGCAACAAGCCAAGCGUGGCCUCUGCUCGGGUGACUGCGUCCCCGCUCAGCAGAUCGCGACGCGGGCUGCAGGGCCUUCCUUCUGGACCUACUCCCUUGAGGCCUGCGCUUGGACGACGAGCAUCUGCGGCGUGGUCUGCCGAGGAGGGCACGCAUGGUGCUCACAGCCGCUCGCAGUCUCCGGUGCAGGCAACUCGAACAGGAGGUGUCCGGCCCCGUGCCAUCUCCUCUGUGGCCUUUGGCAGCCCUCCGAUAGUCUCGGCUCGUUCGGCGGCUGCUACGUCGCUUGGGAAGGCAAGUGCAAGUGCUACAGGAAGCGCUCGCACUCGGGCAGACACGUGCGGCUUCUUCGCUGGAAGCGCUUCCACGGAAGGACUCGCACGCGUGCAUUCAGACAAAGCUCUGACUCGCAGCCCCAGGACAGUGCCAAGGCACGAUAGCCGAUCACCUUCGCCGGGAACCGGCAGGGUGUCUCCAUCAGUGCCGCAGCGUCCCCGGCCCCCAGCGCAGACCUUCAGAGUGCGACGCGACGCAAGGCCCAUCUCACCAUCCGCUUCGGAGGGGGUGAUCUCCACAGCGCAGCGGAUGGUCAGCGCCCCCACUGAGCUUGCUUCCAGAUCUGUGGCAGUGCGAACUUCCACCAAGACAUCUGUAACUUCUGCGCGCGUGAGCAGCACACGCCAUUCGGCCAACGCCCCUCCAGGACGAAGUCAGCAAGCCUUCCAUGCUGGUGCAAAGCCUGCCGCAGCGCGGCAAGGAUCUCCGGACAAAGGCGGAGGUGUUUCGCGAGAAGCAGGUGCGGUGGAGGCAACUCCUCGAACUGUUGGUCAGAAGCUUCAAGUCAGCGCCACGCGGAGGGAUGACAGUGCUCUGGAUGACUCCGAUGGAGACGAGUCCUGUGGCCCCCACAGGAGGCAGCUGAGUGAGAAGCAGUACGAGGCCCUGGUUCGAUGUGCUCAGCAAGUUGUCGCUCUCAGCGGGGUUGGUAGUGGCAGCUUGCUCCCGGCUCCAGCACGAUGA